CUUAACUAUGGUUCUCGGUCAGACGGGCGUCGUAUGUCUGCACACUCUGCAGUUCUUGGUUUCGGCGAGGAAUAUUCCACUUCCCCUGAUUCGAUUCCCCCUCCGACGAGGCGCGAUGAGGUCUGCGGCCGGCGGCGCCGCCUCAGGCACCGAUUUCGCCGACGCGCUGCCGUCCCCGAUCUCACCCGCCGCGGCCCCGUCCCACUCCAGCCCCGGCCGCCACUACUACCUCGCCGUCGACCGCCUCCAGUUCAAGAUGAGGACCCUCUUGGAGCUUCUAGGUGUUGUCGCUGACCGGCGCGGUGGGCUGCCGAUUUUCGUAUGCGUUUCGUCACGGGAUGAGCUUGAUGCCCUCUGUGCUGCCGUUGCCAACCUCCCCUUUGUGUCGUUAUCGCCGCUGUACAGUGAUCAGGCUGAAGCAGAGCGUGCAUCCAUUCUUGAGAAGUUCCGUCAAGCAACAACACAGUGGAAUCAGGCUACCAAAGCUACUGAUAUCGCCGAAAGUUCCAAGCCUGAAAGCAUGGGCUCGAAACUAUGCAUUAUAGUUGCAACAGAUGCUUGCUUACCUCUGGCAGCGAUGGCAGAGGCUCCCCUAAUGGCUCGUGUGCUGAUAAACUAUGAAUUGCCCACGAAGAAGGAAUCUUACUUAAGGCGUGUGUCAUCAUGCUUGGCAGCAGAUGGAAUUGUGAUUAACAUGGUUGUUGGUGGCGAGGUGGCAACACUGAGGGGUCUAGAAGAAACCAGUGGUCUGCUGAUUGCAGAGAUGCCAAUACAUGUUUCUGAAAUAUUAUGACAUUCUCAAUUGUACGGCAUUUCAGAAGUUACCAUUUUACUGCCACACUAACUACUUGAGGUUCUUAUUCUUUUUUUAGGGAAAUACUUAUGCUACUUCGAUUUGUGGAUUGCUUUCCAUUAUAUGUGCAUUGGUCCUAAAAUUAGAUCCCAUAAAGAAUUAGACUGAUGUUAAUUGGUUUUAGUCUACUGAGAAAUGGAAGAAUUUAGUCGUGUUUCAUCUUCCAGUGACAUCAUACUUUACUCCAUGCGUCAUAUUUUUUGUUAAUGCUGAUGUAUUAAUCCAAGUACUAUGGGAAUCAGAAUUUUCAGAUAACUACAGCCAUGAGAACCUUUUUCUAGGCAGCA